AUGGAAGACCUCAGCAGUAUCUCACAGGCCAUACAGGAAGCCCUUGAUCCCAAACCGGGACAAGAAGAACCCUUCACCCUUCUCGAGAUCGUCCAGGGGUACCUGGGUUCCAAGGACCCCAAUGUCCGGCACUUGGUUCUCGAAGUUCUCAAUGAGAUCAUCACGGAUGGUUCUGAAGAUCAGAUACGGACACGUAAAGAAUUCAUAUUUGGCGAUACAGUCCUCAGCUACUUGCCUCUGCUCUUGCCGCUCCAUUCGGACGCGCCGGGACUGGUAGAGACGCUCGUGGAGGCCUGUGUGGAGGUCUGCUCCCCUCGCGAGGCUAUUCUGGCGUUGAACGAGUCGUGCCAGUUGUUGGAGGAACGGGCGGAGCGGUGCGAUGUCAGUAAGGAUGGAAUGGACACCGAUGGGGACGACGACGAAGAUGAGGACGAGCCUGUACAUGAGGCAGAUCCGGAAGAUCUGGUCGAUGAGUUCGUCGUCGUAGUUGAUUCUUACAGCAAAGUCUUUGCCCGGAUGCCGCGCAUCAAGUCCACUCCGACACUGAUGACCACCUUCGACGCCAUCUCCUCCACAUUACGAUGUCUCCUACCCGGAUGUACCUCCUCACAAGCUUCGACGUUAGCGCGGGGGAUGGCUAGUCUGAUUCAAGCGGCCUACGCAUGGGUCGGACGGAGCACAGAUACCGGUGGAGAGCAACGUGCGAUCCUCACUCAACUGCUCCACAUGUCCAUCGCCCUCCUCAUCCCACGUACCCGCCCCCAAACCCUCCAAGCCUGGUUCCUCGCCCAUUUCCCCCAAUACGCGCUCCUCCACCCCUCAUCCUCCCAAUCCUCUUCACCCAAUACCGGAUCAACCCCGCUGGCCGCCCUCCAUACCGCGUCCCAGACCCUCUGUAUCGGCCUUCCCGACUUGAUCGACCUCAUCUCUCAGCACUCCUCCAUGUCCCGGGUAUCCCCAUAUGCGCCCCUCUCGGCGCUUACACUCAUCGCGCAUCGACUGGCCCUUCCGACACCGAUAUCCCCGGACGCAGAGAGCGAGAAGAUAGAUCUACCGGGAGUAGAUGAUCUUCUCGUUCUUCUCUCAUCGGGACUGAGCAGCUCCGCUGUAGAUGCAGCAGGCACAGUAGCGUGGGAGGCGGUCCACCGUGCUCAAGUAGGGGAGAUCGACUCUGCAUCCCCACUCGUCGAGAUCCUCAUGCCUCUGGUCACGUCCGACCCGGACCCGCUGAAUCGGCUCGCAUGGUUCAAGCUCAGCCAAGCCCUCGUUGAGAAGGCUCCUCCGGGACUAGACCAGAUCUUACUCCUUGAACAAAUGCUAGAGCCUGCGAACCCAUACGAUACUCUCCGGCCCCAAGCGCUCUCCCUCCUCCGGGACCUGCUUGGCCGCCCUCCCUCUUCCUCCACCUCUUCCUCCCCGUCGUCGUCAGUCCUUCAAUCGGGACUCCUAGACCGCCUCCCCCUCCUCCCCUGGACGGAGCACCUCGAACUCUCCACCUCAGAAUUCAUCGAAGGUCCGAACGGCGCGUUCGUGACUGAUCAGCUAUUGACCCUGAGGUUAUUGUAUGAGCUGGAUAAGGGGGAUGUGACGGGCGUGAGGAGUGAGCCGUGGAUGGGGAGGAUAAGGAAGAGCCUGGAGCGAGUGGAGAGGAAGGUGAAGGAGAUGCGGGGCGGGCUGGAAGAGGCUGGCGCUGGCAAUGAGGAAGGGAUGCGGGUGAUGGAGGAGUUCUUCUGGGCGAGGCUGGAAGAGGCGGCGCAGAGGCUGAAGGAGCGGAUCGGGCAGGCGUAG